UGCACAUAUCCCGAUUGCCAAAAGACAUUUGCUAGACCUUACAAUUUAAAGUCCCAUAUGCGAAUUCACUCCCUUGAUCGUCCAUAUGAAUGUAAAUAUAAACCUUGCGUCUGGAAGUUUGCUCGUCCUCAUGAUCUAAAGCGUCAUGAACUUCAACAUACGGGCCUAAAGCCUUAUUCCUGUCGAUACUGUUCUCGCAAGUUUGCCAGAAGUGAUGCCUUGAAGCGUCAU